AUGAUGAAGACAAGUCCACUCGAUAUGGGCUAUGCCCGACCUCUCGAGUUUACUCUUUCAGUUGUCGUGAGAACCAAUCCCAGCCCGCUCGACUUUCAAUUUGCCGCCGAUACCCUCCUUUUGCAAUGGCCUGUGCUGAACUUGCGAAUGAAUCCGUUGAAAACGAAAUUUUCAGACCCAAAAAACCUCUGUGAUCUGGCGGAAGUGUGGGAAGGGAAAACCGUUCAACAAAAACUCAGCGAGAUUCUCCAAGUUUCCCCCGAACAGGAUUGUCCACAGCUGAUCGACUCCGAGGCACUCGAUCGGGCGUUAAAUUUUGGGUAUCGAUUCUCGCAUGCAUGGAAGCAGCGAGUCUUCUCUAUAAGAACGGUGUUCUUGACCGAUGCCUGCAUCAUUGGGUUCAAGUUUCUGCAGCCCCUUUGUGACGCAAAUGGCGCCUUUCGAAUAGUUCAGGCUUAUUGCACCCUCCUAAGGGGAGGCAAAAUUACCCACACCCUCCAUGACCGGCCACCAUUGUCACUGAAAUUCGAAGUACUCGAAAAAUGCGCUGAGAUGAUUGACGCUCAUCAGAUUGCAGACUUGCACAAGUAUUCAAUGCGUUGCACUUGGGCAGCUGGAAUCGGAGCUCUCGCAAAGCAGAUUGUGCGCAAUGUAUGCUACCCUUCUGCGAGACGGAUUAGCAAGAGCUUCUUGAUCCCCCGAGAGAAAAUUCAGAGCUGGUUAGAGGAAGCCAAAAGUAAGAAUGCCAACGCAACCGAAUAUGACCUAUUGUUAGCCUAUAUUUACAAGGCUUCUUUACACCCACCUACCCCCCACAGCUUCGGCCUAGUUAUUGAUAUUUCAAAACAACUGCAGUCCGAGACAAAACUCUCCAAUUCCUGGUACGUGAUGCCGGUGCCAGAUCCAAUGCCUACAAGCGAAUAUACCUCUCCUUCAUUGGUUCGACUCGCGACAUACAUUCGGCGUGCGGUUGAUGAGGCAAAGCAGCCAAAAUGCAUUGAGGAGAUUGUUGAGCAGCACAAGAGCCUGAAGAAGAGUCCCAUGGUGCCAAGAUUAUAUGGCAGCAGAGCGGCUCAACCACGCAUUGCUUCUUGGAAAAACCUGCCGCUUUAUGAUCUGGAUAUCCAAGGUGAAACCCCGCUCUUUGUACAGGGGGGUGUUGACUAUUGUGGACUUCUGCGUGAGACUAAAAGUCACUUGGAUGACUUGUUGGUGACGUGCAAAGCACGGAGCCGGGAUGGGGAGGAUGGUGGUUAUUGGGUUCAUGGGAGACUGCCUGAAUCUGUUUGGAGGCGCAUGGCAGAUAAUCUAAACUGCUAA